AUGUCUGGACAAGCCGAGACUUUUGGUUUCCAAGCUGAGAUCUCUCAACUUCUUGAUCUCAUCAUCAACACUUUCUACUCCAACAAGGAAAUUUUCCUUCGAGAAUUGAUUUCCAAUUGUUCCGAUGCUCUUGACAAAAUCAGAUAUGCAGCUCUCACAGACCCUUCUCAACUCGAUUCAGAGAAGGACCUUUACAUCCGAAUCACCCCCAACAAGGAGGAAGGUACUCUCACCAUCCGAGAUACCGGUAUCGGUAUGACCAAGGCUGAUCUCGUUAACAACCUCGGUACGAUCGCCAAAUCCGGUACAAAAGCUUUUAUGGAAGCCCUCAGCUCAGGUGCUGAUAUCAGUAUGAUUGGUCAAUUCGGUGUUGGUUUCUACUCUUCAUACCUUGUCGCCGAAAAGGUACAAGUAACCACCAAGCACAACGAUGACGAGCAAUACAUUUGGGAGUCAGCUGCCGGUGGUACAUUCACCAUCACCGAAGACGUUGACGGUCCCCGACUUGGUCGAGGUACCUCGAUGAAACUCUUCAUCAAGGAGGAUCUUAAAGAAUACCUUGAAGAGAAGAGAAUCCGAGAAAUCGUAAAGAAACACUCCGAAUUCAUCUCUUACCCCAUUCAACUUGUUGUCACUAAGGAGACCGAGAAGGAGGUCGACGAUGAAGAGGAGGAAGUAAAGGAAGGUGAGACCAAGAUCGAGGAGGUUGAGGAUGAGGAUUCCGCCAAGAAGACCAAAAAGACCAAGAAGGUCAAGGAGACCACCACCGAGAACGAGGAGUUGAACAAGCAAAAACCUAUCUGGACCAGAAACCCAUCUGAAGUCACUCAAGACGAAUACGCAAGCUUCUACAAGUCCAUCUCAAACGACUGGGAAGACCACCUUGCCGUUAAGCACUUCUCUGUUGAGGGUCAACUCGAGUUCAAGGCUAUGCUUUUCGUUCCUAAACGAGCACCAUUUGAUCUCUUUGAGACCAAGAAGAAGAGACAUAACAUCAAACUUUACGUCAGACGAGUCUUCAUCUCCGAAGAUAACGAGGACCUCAUCCCCGAAUACCUCAAUUUCAUUGUUGGUCUCGUUGAUUCCGAGGAUCUUCCCCUUAACAUCUCUCGAGAAACCCUUCAACAAAACAAGAUCCUCAAGGUCGUCCGAAAGAACCUUGUUAAGAAGGCUCUCGAGCUCAUCUCAGAGGUUGCUGAAGACAAAGAGAACUUCGACAAAUUUUACACUGCUUUCUCCAAGAACCUCAAGCUCGGUAUCCACGAAGACGCUACCAACCGAAGCAAGAUUGCCGAAUUCCUCCGAUUCCACUCCACCAAGUCUGUUGACGAGAUGACCUCUUUCAAAGACUACAUUACCCGAAUGCCUGAGGUCCAAAAAUCAAUCUACUACCUUACCGGUGAAUCUCUUGAAGCCGUCAAGGACUCACCCUUCCUUGAGGUCCUCAAGAAGAAGGGCUUCGAGGUCUUGCUUCUUGUUGACCCUAUCGAUGAGUACGCUGUCACCCAACUCAAGGAGUUCGAUGGCAAAAAACUCGUCUGUGUAUCCAAAGAAGGUCUCGAGCUUGAGGAGACCCCUGAGGAGAAAGAGGCGAGAGAGAAGGAGGCUAAGGAAUUUGAGGGUCUUUGUUCUGCCAUCAAGGAAAACCUCGCCGACAAAGUUGAGAAGGUUGUUGUCUCAAACCGAAUCACUGACUCCCCUUGCGUUCUUGUUACCGGUCAAUUCGGUUGGUCAUCCAACAUGGAGCGAAUCAUGAAGGCUCAAGCUCUCCGAGAUUCUUCCAUGUCAUCUUACAUGGCCUCUAAGAAGACUAUGGAACUCAACCCCACCCACCCCAUCAUCAAAGAGCUCAAGUCUCGAGUCGCCGAAGACAAAUCCGAUAAGACCGUUCGAGAUCUUACCUACUUGCUCUUCGAGACUGCUCUCCUUACUUCCGGUUUCACCCUUACCGCUCCUCAAGACUUUGCUCAACGAAUCAACCGAAUGAUCGCCCUUGGUCUUUCUAUCGAUGCUGAGGCUGAGCCCACACCUGCUCCUGCUGCCGAUGCCGAUGUUCCUGCUCUCGAGGAAGCCGGUGGCUCCAUGGAAGAGGUUGAUUAA